GUACUGUCUGUCUUUGGAGGAAAGGAAUACUCCUCUUCCUCCAAAAUGAGAAUUAGGAUAGAACCAAAACUAAUUCAAAUAAACUAGAGAGUAUUUUAGAGAGCACACUAAAUUUAAAAUAUCAUACCGACGUGGCAAAUGCUGGGGUUCUAAGCGGAUAGCAUUAAUGCCUCGGAAAAGCUUUGGAGCCUAUACGAUGCCCUGUUUUGGGCCUCCCAAACAUUACACAGCAACAAUUGUACAAGGACCAACAUGUUGAAUUAGGUCUGUACAUAAACAACUGAGUAUUAUUUUUUAUUUGGGUACUUAUGCCAACAGUUUGGUGGAGGAUAUAACGGACUCGUAAUGCCAAAUCAAGUUGUUAGUUCUGCUGUUACAGCAUUGGCCCCUACUGUUGCGUCAAGUAUUUCACAGCCUCAUCUUUGUUGCCAUGCCAGGAUAAAAGCUUUUCCUUCAUCAUGUCGGAACAUGAAUCUGGAAAAAAUAUUUUCAGAGGAUGAGAGGUUAUUUUGCAUUCCUGAUCAUAGACAAAAUUAUGGGCACUGCUUGCAGGCAGUUAGAUCAGACUGUGUAAGUGUUAUCAAAACCUCACAGCCACUAAAUGCGGCAAAAACCCUUGAUGUUCAAACUAUCUUAAAGAGAUCUGUGAUCACAGAAGGCAGCUUCCCACAAGAUGCAACUAUUCCUAAAGAGCAACUUGAGGAUGGAGCAUAUGUUAGAAAUCAGAUACCCAAAACUAGAUAUUUAGUAAAAGAGGAACAAUUCUGUUCUGGAAGUGAUGUGAUAUUUCAUGCAAGUCAUGCAUAUAACUGCAAAAACAUGCUCUCUACCUGUGGAACAGAAAAUAGGUUUGCUUUGGGGAUCUUGCCUUUUGCAUCCCAAAUGUUAUUUGAGGAUAUAAAAUGUUCUGUUGCCAUUGCCACAGAGUUUCCUGAUACUAUCUCCGAUGCUGCAUCUGUCCCAAGUAACACACCAUCUACAGAAAACUUCCAGCCUGCUACUGAAGAAGCACCUAAUGUUUUAGAUAACACAAUCUCUAAUGUACCAAAUAAUCCAUCUGUAGUGAAGGAGCUUGCAGUGGAUCCUUCAGUUUCAACUGAUUCAUCACCUUCUACUGAAUCGACUGUAAACUCUUUUUCAGACUCAAUUUCAAAAUCAUCAGAAUCAUUUUCAGAAUCAAAGAAUAUGGCUGAUUUUUCUGUAGAAAGGACCCAAAAAGCUUUUGAAGAUUUCAUUUUUAGUGUUAAAGAUUCCCUAGAUUCCUCUGUGAACGAUGCUGGUAAUGCAGUAAAGGAUACUUAUGUCAAUAUUAAUGAAUCCAUUUUGAGAUCAAUGAAGAGUUUAACAGGGUCAUUCGAAAAUGCAAUUUCUGGCCUUUUUCGAUUGCCUGAUAACACUGGAGGAUUGACAACUAGCAGUGGAAUUGAUAUUAUGAGUCCAUUUCAGAUAGGUACACCGGCAAAUAAUGCUAUAAAAAAGGUUGUGGUGGUUGUGGAAGAUUCCGCAGGAGCUGUUUUUGCAGUAACAUCCAGUUCUAUAACAGAAAUUUAUAGGUCUACAAAGGGUUCACUUCCUUUUGAAGCACAGUCAUUUUUAGAUAUCUCAGAAGAGAAAGCAUCAGCAGUUAUUCAACCCAUUGGAUCUUUUAUUCAGCAGAUAAAUGUUUUAAUUACAGAGACAGAGAAAGCACUAGGCAUUGAUCCUGAGAAUCCAAUUAUUCCAGUUGUACUGGUUAUUGGUGGUACAAUUUUCUUUGGUGUUUUGUAUUGGGGAUAUAAGUAUGGAGGAUAUUCAGGUGAUCUAACUCCUAAAGAGGCAUCAGACGUCCUAAGAAAGGAGGGAAAUACUGUGCUUAUUGAUAUCCGCCCUCAGGAGAUGAAGGAGAGCAAUGGUAUACCAGAUUUACGAAGAGGAGAGAGAUUCAAAUUUGCUGCAGUGGAAUUCCCAAAGGUAGAAGGUUCUGUAAGAAAGUUAUUGAAGAAUGCAAACGCAAUCGAUGAUAUCUUGACUGCAGCUGUGAUAAAAAAUCUGAAGAUAGUAAAUGGGAGUUCAAAGGUGUUAAUUAUGGAUGCAAAUGGAGUCCAAUCCAAAAAAGUGGCUAGAGCUUUGAGAAAGCUUGGAAUCAAGAAACCAUACCGGAUUAAAGGAGGCUUUCAAUCUUGGGUAGCUGAUGGUCUUCGUGUUAAAGAGAUGAAAAUGGAGACACCCUUGACAAUCUUGAAAGAGGAUACAGAGGCUAUCAUUGAAGAGACCAGGCCAACUCCAGGAGCUGUUUUUGCAGUAUGUGUGGGUAUUAUUGCAGGCAUCAAUGCUCUACUUGAGUGGGAGAAGACAUUACAACUUAUAGGCUUUAUUGGCCUUGCACAGGUGGUAUAUAGACGAAUUAGUUCAUAUGAAAAUUCAGAUGAUCUGAAAGCUGACAUCAGGGCUUUUCUCAGUCCAUUCCAAUGGGCUACCCAGGGCGCUCUACGAAUUGCUGGAAAGGUGCAAUCAAAGCAAUUGCAGUUGGCAACAUCCCCAUCAACAACAGCUGUGCAAAACAGGGUUCUUCAAGCAGCUGCAAAGCACAGUUUGAUAUCAUCUGAGCUGGAACAGACUCAAGAUCAAGAGCCUAUCAGUGACUUAGCUACUGCAAGUGAUAAUACAGGUGUAACCUCUGAGCAGGAAACAUGAUUAUGAGAAUGAUGGAUAUAAGAUGUUUUAAAUAAACCUCUGUGCUCGGGUUUAAGGUGAAAUGGGAAGGUUUGGUUACUCUCAAGCUUGGUUGGUGAGUCACAAUCUUAGGAUAUAAAAUUUGAAUAACAUAUAAGGUGAAUGGGAAAAAAAUUCUUGAAGGCUUCCACAAAUGAGGUCUCCAGCUUGGUUGUGAGCUAGAAAAUUAAACUUUUCCUGACCUUAUAAAUUUCUAGAUUGCAAUCUCUUAUUUCAUAUAUUGACAAAGAUUUUGAAUUUGUUUUGAAUUUGAUACAAGGCAUUUAACUCCCCCAAGUUAAAACCUUUCAAAGAUUGUCAGAAGUGCAGAGCACAUUAGAACAUGUGUUCAGCUUGACAACUGAAUUUCCUCUAUAGUGAAUGAACCACUAAUCUGGUUUCUGAUUUUUGUAGA